AUGAUCCCUGCUACGUUGUCAAGUGCUUGGACGUGUCCUAAUGCACGGUGCAGAGCGGUGCAAUGUUGUGCAAAUGUCCAACCCGGGCCCGUUCCCCCUGUCUCCUCCCCUGUCUCCUCCCCUGUCUCUUCCCCUGUCUCCUCCCCUGUCCCCUUCUCCCCCUUUCCAGACCCGUGCUACGGUGUCAAGUGCCCCCACGUGUCCAAGUGCGCGGUGCAGGACGGUGCAGUGGUGUGCAAAUGUCCCGCUCCCUUCAAGCGCCUGAUCAACAACCGGUGCUCCUCUGAUGACUAUCCCAACUCCAACUACCUCGACCCACACAACGCCGCCAGGGCUGCUGUGGGUGCCGUGCCCAUCGAGUGGGACGACGCAGUGGCUGAGAGAGCCCAGGUGUGGGCCGACACUCUCGCCAUGGCUGAGAGGGCCCAGGCGUGGGCCGACACUCUCCGCGACGACUACAACUGCGGGUUGGAGCACGGCGGCAUGGGGGAGGGCGAGGGGCAGAACCUCUCAGGCGCGGGUCCGGCCGGGUGGGCGUCGAACAGCGAUGCAGUGCAGUGGUGGGUGGGCGAGGGCAAGUCGUACAAUCGCAUAAGUGGUGACUGGGGAAGCUGCGGGCACUACUCGCAGGUGGUCUGGAACGACUCUCGCAAGGUGGGGUGUGGCAAGGCGUCGUGUGGCGGGGACGGUGACGUGUGGGCGUGCAACUAUUACCCUGCUGGCAACUUUGUGGGCGAGAGGCCUUAUGUUGAAAACCCUUGCUUUCGAGUGCUGUGCCCUUCCACGUCCACCUGUGCUGCUGUGAAUGGCAAGCCUGUCUGCCUGUGUCCGCGAGGCCAAGUGCUGGUCAAUGGCAGGACGUGCCAAGCAGACCCAUGCAAAGGCGCGGCUCGCUGUCUCGGGGACUUUGUGUGUGACGGCAUAUUGGGUGCGGCCAAGUGUGUGUGUCCCACGGGGACCGUGCAGAUCGCACCCAACACAUGCCAGGCGCCAUCCUGCAAGGGAGUGAAGUGUCCGGCCUCAGCUCGCUGCAGGGCCGACAGCAACGGCAUUCCCUUCUGUGCCUGCCCUGCCUCCCAAUCCCUCGUCAACGGCGCCUGCACGAAAGCCGGACCCCCCACAGUCACCACCAGCAUCGUUCUCUUCAAUCGCGCCUCCUUUGCCAAUACUCCCAUUGUGCUCCGAGGCCCCAUGCCUGACACUGACGAUGCUACCGGCUGUGUCAACAUCCCCUCCUCUAUGGCUGGGGCUGUGCGUUCCCUGAAGAUUUUAUGGGAUGCGCCUGAUGGGGCUACGGGGGCGAGGGUGACGUGUGGGCUCAUGUGGUUUUGGAGUGACGCGGAUUGCUAUGGGGGGGCGCCGGGGUGGGGCCGACCCGACAACAAUGUCACCAUUGCCAAGGCAUCGUGUGAUGGUUCCGGUACAAGCCUGCCCGACUCUGACUGGCUGACAAAUCCGUCUUUUUCCGCGAAGCUUCUCCCGGCUGCAGAGGCUGCUCGGCGCGCAGCAGUGGAAGCUGCAGCUCGGCGCGCAGCGGAAGGGCGGAGAGAAGGGGUUGAGGGAGAGGGGAGUGAGGGAGAAGGUGAAGAGGAGGAAGAGGGCGACGAGGGAGAGGGGGAAGAGGAGGAAGAGGAGGAAAGAGAGGGAGAAGGAGAUGGGAGAAGGAAGAGGAGGGUUAAGGAUGGCAGCGGUAUUCCCGAGGGUGGGAGAAGGACGGGGGAACUGGAUGGCAGUGACUAUAGCGAAGGGGAUGAGAGGGAUGGGGCGCGGGGUGUGAGUGUAUUUGAAAGGGAGGAUAGUGAGGGUACAAAGAAGAAGAAAUCGAGAAGGGCUGGUGGGGCAGGGGGGAAGGAGUAUGUUGUUGAUGCCAGGGGCGACCGGGACAAUUAUGCCUUUGGCUCGCUGUAUAGGUUGAACGUGGCGCGCUAUAUAGCCCAUCCCACAGCCGCCACAUCUGCUGCCUCCUCCUCCUCCCCCUGGGCUCUCGCCUUCGGUGCUGCCGGCUCUGCCUCCUCCAUCCCUGUCCUCCGUGCCUCUGCCUGGGCCGGCCUCAAGUCUUCCAAGCACACAAAGAGCGCGGGAGGAGGCGGAAGUGGUGCUAAGUGGCUGGAAGACCCAGGGGCUGAUGGUGAAGAAGGAGAUGAAACGGACAGUUUUCUUCCCCUGGAACCUCCCGUUCCUCCCCUAUCCUCCACCACUGGCGCUCACAAACUCACAGCCGCUGCUGCUGUGAGAAAAAAGCAGGGAGAAGAGGGGAGAGGGGUUGGUGAGGAGGGGGUGGGGGGUGUGGGGAGGAAGGAGGAGGAGGGGGAGGAAGAGGGGGAGACUUGGGAUGAGUACGUGUUUCGCCGGACGAGGGAGUUCAAUGAGGACACGAGGCGCCGCCCGCUGGACGAGCAGCUGUGGCUGCGCUUUGUCUCUUUCCAGGACGAGGCGGCGACCGGCGGCGGCGGUGGGCGGCACCGGGCGGCGGUGCUACGGCAGGUGACGGAGAAAAAGGUGGCAGUGUUGGAGCGAGCACUGCAGCACGUGGGGGAGAGUGAGGCGGUGGUUCUCACUUAUCUGCACACGUGCAGUGGGCGAGAGAAAAAGGUGGCAGUGUUGGAGCGAGCACUGCAGCACGUGGGGGAGAGUGAGGCGGUGGUUCUCACUUAUCUGCACACGUGCAGUGGGCGAGAGAAAAAGGUGGCAGUGUUGGAGCGAGCGCUGCAGCACGUGGGGGAGAGUGAGGCGGUGGUUCUCACUUAUCUGCACACGUGCAGUGGGCGAGAGAAAAAGGUGGCAGUGUUGGAGCGAGCGCUGCAGCACGUGGGGGAGAGUGAGGCGGUGGUUCUCACUUAUCUGCACACGUGCAGUGGGCGAGAGAAAAAGGUGGCAGUGUUGGAGCGAGCGCUGCAGCACGUGGGGGAGAGUGAGGCGGUGGUUCUCACUUAUCUGCACACGUGCAGUGGGCGAGAGAAAAAGGUGGCAGUGUUGGAGCGAGCGCUGCAGCACGUGGGGGAGAGUGAGGCGGUGGUUCUCACUUAUCUGCACACGUGCAGUGGGCGAGAGAAAAAGGUGGCAGUGUUGGAGCGAGCGCUGCAGCACGUGGGGGAGAGUGAGGCGGUGGUUCUCACUUAUCUGCACACGUGCAGUGGGCAAGAGAAAAAGGUGGCAGUGUUGGAGCGAGCGCUGCAGCACGUGGGGGAGAGUGAGGCGGUGGUUCUCACUUAUCUGCACACGUGCAGUGGGCGAGAGAAAAAGGUGGCAGUGUUGGAGCGAGCGCUGCAGCACGUGGGGGAGAGUGAGGCGGUGGUUCUCACUUAUCUGCACACGUGCAGUGGGCGAGAGAAAAAGGUGGCAGUGUUGGAGCGAGCGCUGCAGCACGUGGGGGAGAGUGAGGCGGUGGUUCUCACUUAUCUGCACACGUGCAGUGGGCAAGAGAAAAAGGUGGCAGUGUUGGAGCGAGCGCUGCAGCACGUGGGGGAGAGUGAGGCGGUGGUUCUCACUUAUCUGCACACGUGCAGUGGGCGAGAGAAAAAGGUGGCAGUGUUGGAGCGACCGCUGCAGCACGUGGGGGAGAGUGAGGCGGUGGUUCUCAAUUAUCUGCACACGUGCAGUGGGCGAGAGAAAAAGGUGGCAGUGUUGGAGCGAGCGCUGCAGCACGUGGGGGAGAGUGAGGCGGUGGUUCUCACUUAUCUGCACACGUGCAGUGGGCGAGAGAAAAAGGUGGCAGUGUUGGAGCGAGCGCUGCAGCACGUGGGGGAGAGUGAGGCGGUGGUUCUCACUUAUCUGCACACGUGCAGUGGGCGAGAGAAAAAGGUGGCAGUGUUGGAGCGAGCGCUGCAGCACGUGGGGGAGAGUGAGGCGGUGGUUCUCACUUAUCUGCACACGUGCAGUGGGCGAGAGAAAAAGGUGGCAGUGUUGGAGCGAGCGCUGCAGCACGUGGGGGAGAGUGAGGCGGUGGUUCUCACUUAUCUGCACACGUGCAGUGGGCGAGAGAAAAAGGUGGCAGUGUUGGAGCGAGCGCUGCAGCACGUGGGGGAGAGUGAGGCGGUGGUUCUCACUUAUCUGCACACGUGCAGUGGGCAAGAGAAAAAGGUGGCAGUGUUGGAGCGAGCGCUGCAGCACGUGGGGGAGAGUGAGGCGGUGGUUCUCACUUAUCUGCACACGUGCAGUGGGCGAGAGAAAAAGGUGGCAGUGUUGGAGCGAGCGCUGCAGCACGUGGGGGAGAGUGAGGCGGUGGUUCUCACUUAUCUGCACACGUGCAGUGGGCGAGAGAAAAAGGUGGCAGUGUUGGAGCGAGCGCUGCAGCACGUGGGGGAGAGUGAGGCGGUGGUUCUCACUUAUCUGCACACGUGCAGUGGGCAAGAGAAAAAGGUGGCAGUGUUGGAGCGAGCGCUGCAGCACGUGGGGGAGAGUGAGGCGGUGGUUCUCACUUAUCUGCACACGUGCAGUGGGCGAGAGAAAAAGGUGGCAGUGUUGGAGCGACCGCUGCAGCACGUGGGGGAGAGUGAGGCGGUGGUUCUCACUUAUCUGCACACGUGCAGUGGGCGAGAGAAAAAGGUGGCAGUGUUGGAGCGAGCGCUGCAGCACGUGGGGGAGAGUGAGGCGGUGGUUCUCACUUAUCUGCACACGUGCAGUGGGCGAGAGAAAAAGGUGGCAGUGUUGGAGCGAGCGCUGCAGCACGUGGGGGAGAGUGAGGCGGUGGUUCUCACUUAUCUGCACACGUGCAGUGGGCGAGAGAAAAAGGUGGCAGUGUUGGAGCGAGCGCUGCAGCACGUGGGGGAGAGUGAGGCGGUGGUUCUCACUUAUCUGCACACGUGCAGUGGGCGAGAGAAAAAGGUGGCAGUGUUGGAGCGAGCGCUGCAGCACGUGGGGGAGAGUGAGGCGGUGGUUCUCACUUAUCUGCACACGUGCAGUGGGCGAGAGAAAAAGGUGGCAGUGUUGGAGCGAGCGCUGCAGCACGUGGGGGAGAGCGAGGCAGUGGUUCUCACCUAUCUGCACACGUGCAGUGGGCGAGAGAAAAAGGUGGCAGUGUUGGAGCGAGCGCUGCAGCACGUGGGGGAGAGUGAGGCGGUGGUUCUCACUUAUCUGCACACGUGCAGUGGGCGAGAGAAAAAGGUGGCAGUGUUGGAGCGAGCGCUGCAGCACGUGGGGGAGAGUGAGGCGGUGGUUCUCACUUAUCUGCACACGUGCAGUGGGCGAGAUGACGCCGCCACGCUAGACGCCAAGUGGCGCGGCGCUUGGCCACAGCCCUGGCAAGAUGACGCCGCCACGCUAGACGCCAAGUGGCGCAGCGCAAUUGGCCGCAGCCCUGGCAGCGCGAAUCUUUGGCAGGGCUACAUAAGAGAUGACUCUGCCACGCUAGACGCCAAGUGGCGCAGCGCCAUUGGCCACAGCCCUGGCAGCGCGAAUCUUUGGCAGGGCUACAUAAGAGAUGACUCUGCCACGCUAGACGCCAAGUGGCGCAGCGCCAUUGGCCACAGCCCUGGCAGCGCGAAUCUUUGGCAGGGCUACAUAAGAGAUGACUCUGCCACGCUAGACGCCAAGUGGCGCAGCGCCAUUGGCCACAGCCCUGGCAGCGCGAAUCUUUGGCAGGGCUACAUAAGGUGGCAGAGGGGGCAGUUCGCAGGGUUCACUGUGGGGAAGAUCAGGGAAAGCUUCUUUGCAGCGAUCCGUGCCCUGGUGGGCCGGAGGAACCAAGUGUGGCGCGAGGGCGUGUGCCACUUGCAUUCGUGGUGGGUUGCAGCAGGGGUGGCUGAGAGUGCACGUACAUCUGGUGGCAGAGGGGGCAGUUCGCAGGGUUCACUGUGGGGAAGAUCCAGGAAAGCUUCAUUGCAGCGAUACGUGCCCUGGUGGGCCGGAGGAACCAAGUGUGGCGUGAGCGUAAAGGGCACGAACACAAGCUUGUUCCCACUGCCUCCUCUUUUCUGCCCACAACCCUCUCCCUGCCUGCCUUCCCUUCCCACUGCCUCCUCUUUUCUGCCCACAACCCUCUCCCUGCCUGCCUUCCCUUCCCACUGCCUCCUCUUUUCUGCCCACAACCCUCUCCCUGCCUGCCUUCCCUUCCCACUGCCUCCUCUUUUCUGCCCACAACCCUCUCCCUGCCUGCCUUCCCUUCCCACUGCCUCCUCUUCUCUGCCCACAACACAACCCUCUCUCUGCCUGCCUUCCCUUCCCACUGCCUGCUUUCCCUCCUCUCCUUUCAACUUAAACACUCUUCCGUCGUUUUCAUUCGUUCCCAUUCUUUUCUCAUUCUCCCCAUUCGUGCAGCUUCAGCAGAAGCCUAACGACCCAAUGAGAACCCGCCAGCUGGCGGCAUCAGAAAUCGCAGCAGUGGACAUGCUGGUGGACUCGUGCCGCUUCGAGCACCAAUCAGGGCACGCUGAGCUGGCAGUGGCGCUGCUGCAGGCCGAGACGGAGUACGCCGUCCGGCCGCCGCCCCUGCCCUUGUCCUUUUCUGAGGGUAGCAAAUUGCGGCUGUUUCAGGCGUUUUGGGAAGGGGGAGGGGAGAGAGUUGGGGAGGAGGGGGGGAUAGGGUGGUCUGCUUGGUUGGCUAGAGAGGAGAGGUAUGGGAUGGGGGGAGAGGGAGGGGAAGGGGGAAGUCGUGGGGAUGGGGAGGGGAAGGAGGAGGAGGAGGAAGAGGAGGAAGAGGAGGAAGAGGAGGAGGAGAAAGGGGGUUGGACUGGAUGGCAUGAGAUUGUGCGGAAGGGAGAGGGUGGGGGAAAGAAGGUUGUGGGGGAGGAGGGGAAGGGAGAGGAGGGAGAAGAGGGAGAGGAGGGAGAGAAACAAGGGGACAAGGAUUUAAAGGGAGAGGAGGAGGAGGAAGAUGAGGAGGAAGAGGAAGAGGAAGAGGAGGAGGAAGAGGAGGAGGACGAGGGUUUGUUAGAGGCAGAGCUAAUGGAACGACUUAAAGCGGGAAAGGACGGUGCAGUAGGUGGUGGUGAGAGUGUGGGUGGCGCCAUCGGCGGUGCUGCUGACGUGGCAGGCGAGGAUUGGGUGAAGGACCCGGGCGUGUGGCAGCGGUGGGCGGCAGAGGAGAGGAGGAGGGAGAGCAGGCAAUGGCAGCCAAUGCGAGUCGACUCCCACCCAUACCUCCCGUUUCCCUACUCUUUCGACUCUCACCCAUACCUCCCGUUUCCCUACUCUUUCGACUCUCACCCAUACCUCCCGUUUCCAUACUCUUUCGACUCUCACCCAUACCUCCCGUUUCCGUACUCUUUCGACUCUCACCCAUACCUCCCGUUUCCGUACUCUUUCGACUCUCACCCAUACCUCUCGUUUCCGUACUCUUUCGACUCUCACCCAUACCUCCCGUUUCCGUACUCUUUCGACUCUCACCCAUACCUCCCGUUUCCUUUCGACUCUCACCCAUACCUCCCGUUUCCGUACUCUUUCGACUCUCACCCAUACCUCCCGUUUCCGUACUCUUUCGAGUCUCACCCAUACCUCCCGUUUCCGUACUCUUUCAACUCUCACCCAUACCUCCCGUUUCCGUACUCUUUCGACUCUCACCCAUACCUCCCGUUUCCGUACUCUUUCGACUCUCACCCAUACCUCCCGUUUCCGUACUCUUUGGACUCUCACCCAUACCUCCCGUUUCCGUACUCUUUCGACUCUCACCCAUACCUCCCGUUUCCGUACUCUUUCGACUCUCACCCAUACCUCCCGUUUCCGUACUCUUUCGACUCCCACGCAUACCUCCCGUUUCCGUACUCUUUCGACUCUCACCCAUACCUCCCGUUUCCAUACUCUUUCGACUCCCACCCAUACCUCCCGUUUCCGUACUCUUUCGACUCCCACCCAUACCUCCCGUUUCCAUACUCUUUCGACUCUCACCCAUACCUCCCGUUUCCGUACUCUUUCGACUCUCACCCAUACCUCCCGUUUCCAUACUCUUUCGACUCCCACCCAUACCUCCCGUUUCCGUACUCUUUCGACUCCCACCCAUACCUCCCGUUUCCAUACUCUUUCGACUCCCACCCAUACCUCCCGUUUCCGUACUCUUUCGACUCCCACCCAUACCUCCCGUUUCCGUACUCUUUCGACUCUCACCCAUACCUCCCGUUUCCAUACUCUUUCGACUCUCACCCAUACCUCCCGUUUCCGUACUCUUUCGACUCUCACCCAUACCUCCCGUUUCCGUACUCUUUCGACUCUCACCCAUACCUCUCGUUUCCGUACUCUUUCGACUCUCACCCAUACCUCCCGUUUCCGUACUCUUUCGACUCUCACCCAUACCUCCCGUUUCCUUUCGACUCUCACCCAUACCUCCCGUUUCCGUACUCUUUCGACUCUCACCCAUACCUCCCGUUUCCGUACUCUUUCGAGUCUCACCCAUACCUCCCGUUUCCGUACUCUUUCAACUCUCACCCAUACCUCCCGUUUCCGUACUCUUUCGACUCUCACCCAUACCUCCCGUUUCCGUACUCUUUCGACUCUCACCCAUACCUCCCGUUUCCGUACUCUUUGGACUCUCACCCAUACCUCCCGUUUCCGUACUCUUUCGACUCUCACCCAUACCUCCCGUUUCCGUACUCUUUCGACUCUCACCCAUACCUCCCGUUUCCGUACUCUUUCGACUCCCACGCAUACCUCCCGUUUCCGUACUCUUUCGACUCUCACCCAUACCUCCCGUUUCCAUACUCUUUCGACUCCCACCCAUACCUCCCGUUUCCGUACUCUUUCGACUCCCACCCAUACCUCCCGUUUCCAUACUCUUUCGACUCUCACCCAUACCUCCCGUUUCCGUAA